CUCCGACUUUGCGUGUCAAUGAUGCCCCCUCCUUAGAUAUUUCAACUGUACCCAACAUCCCUCCUCAUAGCUUGUACACUCCUCCACCCGCGCAGCGCGCAAUACCUACAAGCCUCUCCACCAGACCACUCUCCUCUGCUCCACACCAGCACGAUGCCUCCAGCGCGCGCCUCUGCUGCCCCGGUCUCCGACCGCCGUCAAUCAGCGCGUCAACCGCGUUCGAGCAUCGCUCGCCCGCAGAACUACUAUGCUCGCACCUUCGCUGGCCGUCUGUCUGGCCUGGGCGACACCGAGCAGACACCUCCCGCCCCGGGCUUCCUUCCAGCCCUUACACACUUCACAGACGCCGUCGAUGCCUUUCCGAAGGAGAUGAUCAAGCAUUUCUCCAUGUUCAAAGAGGUUGAGGCCAAAAUACACGACCCCGCCACGCUGCUGCAGCUCUUGCUCGACGAUAUCGCGCAGAUGCCCGUCCCGUCCCUCGCCCAGCGACAUGCCGGUAUGCGCCACCAGCAGCUCAUGGUUGAGCUCUUCCCCGAGAAUUUCGACACCCUCCCUCCCCAAGAGCAGGCGGACCUGCGCCACCGACAAAAGUUCUUCCGACUGCGGGCGAUCAUGAGCUCCAUGCUUCCUACACUCGAUGAGAAGCUCGUCGUUCUUACCGCCGCAACGGGCACGAAGGACAAGGGCCUUGCCCGCAUGAACAGCUCCUACCCACACAUCGACAACGAGAUCAGCGAGGAGGCCCGCUACGGCAAUCCCAACCACUGGGCAUACGCAGAUAAGGAGGAAAAGAAGAAGGGUGGCACAACAAUUGAGCGAUCAAGGCGCGAGGUUGCAUCGGCGAACAAUCUGGCUGCUGCCGCUGCCGCUAUCCACGAGGUGGACGCUGCUGCUCUGCGGAGUGAAGCUCGUCGCGAAGCUAUGAUGGCCAACAAGCGAAGCCGGAAUCAGCAUCUUGAUUCCGAUUUCGACGAUUCCAGGCCUGCCAAGAAGACGCAGACAAAAGCUCGCAGAAUCGCUGCUGAGGCAGCAUCGGCUGCUGAACCAAGGGCAUACGGACUGGGUAUAUCGAGCAAUGGAGCUGUACAGCCGCGCAAGCAGAAGAAGACCGAGAAAGCACUGGCCGCGGCAGCUCCGACUAUGGAGCGAUCGAUAAGUAGUGCCUUGAACGCGGCUGCAGCAGGUGGACGAGGUGGAGCAAGUCCACGGGAAACAUCAAUCACUGAUGGGAGGAAGAAACCCAGAGCUGCUCCUGGACCAACUCAUGCGAAGAAACGUGCUGCCCUAGGCGCUCACUCACCACCUAUCGCCUCGUCACCCCUCGCAGGAACCUUCGCAUCAUCUCGAGAAGUCAUAGCUGCCGCGCAACGACCACAGUCUUCACGUGCGCGACAGAACUCAAAUGCCAACUCCGUCCACUCCGCAGUCCAGGACGCUUCUCGCGGCCGCCGUCCCUCCUCCGCUCACUCGAAUCGUCCGGCAGCUAAUGGAAGCAACGCGAUACAAGAGCUAGAGCUAGCUGCAGGUGUCAGCAAACCCGCUCUCUCCGCAAAAGAAGGAUACACUCCCAACGAAGCGGCGGAAACCAACGGAGCAUUUGACUCUGCGACUUUCAAGCGCGAAGAGGUGGAUGUUCCUGACGCGGACACGCCCGACCUUGACCCUCCUCAUCCGGCACCUGUUACAACGCGAGCUGGUCGAACCUCCAAAACCGCGACGCCCAUCGGCUCAGCCUUCCCAGAGAUCCCCAUGGCCCGUAGUCGCAGCACUCGUGCGGCGAACAAUGGCGGCUCGCACGCCUCGUCCGAAACAACCACGAGUGGGAACCCCUCGAAGCGGUCCCACAAGAAAGGCGCAUCGAUAUCGCAAACUUCUCUUCCUGCUGCUAAGGACUCUAUCGAGAUAGACGAUGAGACAGCGUCAAGCCCGGCUGCUGAGCUUAGCGACGAGGUCGGCGAAGACGGCGACGAGCCGAGGUAUUGCUACUGCAAUGAAGUUAGCUACGGGGAGAUGGUCGCGUGCGACAACGGAAGGUGUCCGAGAGAGUGGUUCCAUCUUGGGUGUGUUAACCUGGACAAGCCGCCGAAUUCACGGACCAAGUGGUAUUGCAGUGAUGAAUGCAAGGACGCGAUUGCAGCGCGGAAAGAGAAGAAGAGUCGGCCAGGCAGCAGAGCUUAGUGGUCGCCUCGGUUUUGUUGGCUUCUAUAGGCGCUUGGUUUACUCGAGGAACACCGGCUGGGUUUCGUUUUCGGGGAAUAUAUUUGAUCAUAAUGCGAAGAUGAGCAAAGGCGUUGGGAGCGCUACCUAGGAAAGGCGGCGCGGUUCACGACAUGUGGCUGGCACGGUAUCCUCCAUCUCUAUUCCAUUUCCUUAACUGCAUGUACUGGAGUUUCUAGUGUAUCUCACUCAUUCUAAGCCGAAGGAUGCUGGCGGAGAAGGCGUAGCGAUUGGCCCUGCGAUAUUUGUAACCAUAGAGUUCAGCAAUGAGAUACUUUGAAUCAUAUAACACUUUAGCCCU